AUGUGCGGCUUUGCCGCGCUCCGCCAUUACCCCGAGCCCGGCCUCCCCCUCACCUCUCCAACCCCAACCUCCGAAUCCCCUUUCCCCGAAGGCGGUCCCCGCGCCUGGCUCGUCGUCCUCUCCGCCUUCCUCAUGCUCUUCCCCUCCUUCGGGCUGCAAGUCUCCAUCGGCACUUUGCAAGACCACUGGUCGCAACACCAACUCUCCUCCAUGUCCUCGCGCGACAUCGGCUGGAUCCCCUCCUUAUUCGUCUAUCUCUCCCUCGCCCUCGGUAUCUGGGUGGGUCCGUUAUUCGACCGGUACGGUCCGCGGUGGAUCGCGCUGGGCGGCAGUGCCGCUUUUCUAGUCAUGGUGUUUUUGCUGGCAGAGUGCAAGACGUUUUGGCAGAUGCUGCUUUGCUGUGGCGUGCUAGGCGGGUUUUCUUGUGCGGCGCUUACGACGACGAGUUUGGCGGUUGUGGCGCAUUGGUUUAAGGAGAAGAGGGGGUUGGCGCAGGGUGUGGCGAUGAUGGGGAGUUCCGGGGGUGGAUUGGCGAUUCCGCUGGUUCUGAGGACGACGCUGCCAAAGUACGGGUAUGCGUGGUCGCUUAGGAUACUCGGGUUUGUGUUUUUGGGGUGUUUUGUAGUGGCGAAUGGGUUGAUGAAGGCGAGGAUUCCGCCGUCGGCGGCGGCGAAGAAGAAGGCGAUUAUUUCGCCCUCGAUUUAUGGGGACUUGCGACUGAGCUUGUUUACGCUGAGUGUGUUUGGAUUUGAGGUGGUGUUGUUUGGGGGGUUAGGCAUUUUGCCGACGUAUGCGACAAGGAGUACAGACUUCCCGCCUGAUACUGGAUUCUAUCUCAUUGCGGUACUCAAUGGGGUUUCUUGUCUUGGACGCUUGCUCCCGGGGUACGUUGCGGAUAAGAUUGGGAGGUUCAAUACACUCUUCAUCAUGAUAGUCUUCACGCUGUUGUGGAUGUUGGUUCUUUGGUUGCCUCUUGGAACUACAUCACUGCCGGCACUGUACGCCUAUACGGCCCUCUUUGGAUUCGGCACGGGUUCCUGGAUGGCUCUGACACCUGCAUGCGUUGGGCAGUUGUGCAGAGCAGAAGAGUUUGGCCGCUACUAUGGGAGUAUGUACUUCAUAGCUUCUUUGGCAACCCUGGUCUGUAUUCCAAUUGGCGGUGAGCUCGUGGAGACGGUUGGACCUCAGCCCAUGGUGGCCUUCUUUUGUGCAGUUCUCGGAUUGAGUUUGAUUAGCUUCUUGUUCAGCAGGUGGGCCUGCUUGGGAAGGAGGUGGAUAUUGAAAGCGAAGGUAUAG